AUGCUGACUAGCAAACUGUCAGCAGCUUCAUCCUCAGCCACUCUGUUCUUCAAUCAUCACAACAGAGUAAACUUGGCCAAGAAAAUCCCUUCCAUCACCAACCCAUCUUUGCGCAAUCCCCUUAGAACCAUUCUUGAUUGCAGUUUCAGGACGAAGAUUUGCUCAGGAAAAAUGGCUGCCUCAAGAAUUGUGGGUGCCCGCGCCUCGGCUGAACAGCUCAAGGAUCCUGAUCAGCUCAUCGACUCUGUGGAGACCUUCAUUUUUGACUGUGAUGGAGUCAUAUGGAAAGGUGACAAACUUAUAGAUGGAGUCCCAGAAACUCUCGACUUGCUCAGGUCAAAGGGGAAAAGAUUGGUUUUUGUUACCAAUAACUCAACAAAAUCCAGAAAGCAGUAUGGGAAAAAGUUUGAAACGCUUGGUCUUAGUGUCAGUGAGGAGGAAAUCUUUGCAUCAUCUUUUGCUGCUGCUGCAUACUUACAGUCGAUCAAUUUCCCAAAAGAUAAAAAGGUUUAUGUUGUUGGUGAGGAAGGCAUCCAAAAGGAGCUGGAGUUAGCAGGGUUUCAGUACCUUGGUGGGCCGGUAUAUGGUGAUAAAAAGAUUGAACUAAAACCUGGUUUCAUGAUGGAGCACGAUGAAGAUGUUGGAGCUGUGGUUGUUGGAUUUGACCGGUACUUCAACUAUUUCAAGAUUCAGUAUGCAACUUUGUGCGUCCGUGAAAACCCGGGCUGCCUUUUCAUUGCUACAAACCGUGAUGCUGUAACUCAUCUUACGGAUGCUCAAGAAUGGGCAGGUGGAGGCUCGAUGGUAGGGGCAGUGCGCGGGUCCACUCAACAAGAACCACUUGUCGUUGGAAAGCCCUCAACUUUCAUGAUGGAUUAUUUGGCGAACAAAUUUAGCAUCUCAAAGUCACAGAUAUGCAUGGUUGGUGAUAGACUAGACACUGAUAUUCUAUUCGGACAAAAUGGCGGUUGCAAGACUCUUCUCGUCCUGUCAGGAGUAACAUCUGUGUCUAUGCUACAAAAUCCCAAUAACAGCAUACAACCAGACUUUUACACCAACAAGAUCUCAGAUUUCCUGUCUCUCAAGGCUGCUGCAACUGUAUAA